AUGAUGAGCGGGUUAGCGCCGAUGUUGGAGCUGAGGAGACGCGUGCCGCGAUCCCAUGCACCUCAACCCACCCAUCUUGGUGCUCGUGGCGCCAACGAUGGCAGCGAUCAUGGUGACGACGGCCACAAUGCUGACCACGAUCAUGAUGAUGGUGACGGUCAUGAUCAUUACUAUGAUGAUGAUGAUGACUUUGCCGACGACUUCUAUGGUGAGGGAUAUGGUCAGUACGGUGAUUACAUCGACGAUGACGACGACGACGAUGACGAUGAUUAUGACGACGAUGAUUCUGAUGCUGCUGUCGGUGGAGGCCACCGACGAGUGGUGGCGGUGACACCACCAACGGCGAUCGGCGGCAGCGGGCAGCGAGAUCACCCGGCAGAAGUGCAGACCAGCACCAUGUCCGAAGACGAGGCCGGCGACGACCACACGCGGGCCACCGGUGGAGCCGCUACUCGGAGGGCGACGCAGAGGCGUUUGCGAUGA